UGACCCCUCGGUUCGUCUGAGAACGGAAAAAAAUGUCUGCGGAGUAAGGUGUUGGGAGAUGAGAAAACAAGGAGAAAAAAUAACACCGAAAAAUCACCAUCGAAGGUUAGGCUAGGUUGAAGUGAAGCAUAUUAAUUUGACUGUCAGGCAUCAGUAACUAGGAAAAAUGGUGCGAUCCAACUCCCCUUCACAUUCUUCAAGGUCAAGGUCUGGGUCUCACUCUAGCUCAAGAUCUCGCACCAGAUCACGUUCAAGGAAAAAGAGAUAUAGUUCUAGAUCUCGAUCCAGAUCGUACUCACGUUCCCGAAGUCGAGAACGUGAGCGUAAUUACCCCAGAGAUUAUCGACGAGAUUACCGCAUGAAUAGAGGGAUGAGGCGCCCCUAUGGGUUCCGCGGUCGGGGGAGAGGCUACUAUCAUCAGGGAGGUGGGCGCUUUCAACACCGAGGCGGCUUCAGGCCCAACUGGCAGAACCGGCGCUACUCCCGCAGCCCCAGAAGGGGGCACUCUCGGUCCAGGACCCCAAAACGCAGAUCUGCUUCACAGAGGUCUCGAAGCAAAUCCCACCACUCCGAACGCUCAUCUCUGUCCUGCAGGUCCUCCAGCUCCCGCUCCUCCUCUCGUGGCAGUAGGUCCCCCGUCCCCUCAAAGAAGCGCAGCUCCCAGGACAAGCCUAGUAAGAAAUUGGAAGGGGGUCCUACCAAGGAUGAGGAAGCAGGCAGACAGCCAGAGGAGGAGAAGGGGGAUGUUAAAAGCGAACAGGCAGCCAGUGCCUCUUCCAAGUCGCUGUCUGAUCUCAAAAGGGCCCCUGCUGUCAUUACUGAGAGCUGGGUAGGGAUUGCUGCCUACAACGACACCAGCCCCCACUCCCACCGCAGUCCUACCGCCACCCCGCCAAGCCAGAGCUCCUUGCGCUCCGACACUAUCUUGCGCCAGGUCACCUCCAAAAUCAGCCCCCCCCCCUUACCUUCACAGCGGUUACAUUCUUUGCAGCACAGCCCUGAUGGUCUUCUGGGGCACUACAGCCCCUCCCAUGACAGCCCCCUCUACUGUAUCUCCCCCAGGAGGAGUCCAGCUAAAGCCUUCUCUGCCAGCCAAAGUGGCAGAGCUUUUUUCCCUAACAGUGAUGAUCAGACUCUCCCAAAAGCUGGAAAAUACCUGAAAAGGUACACAGAAGAGGAAGGGAGCAGAGUUUACCUACACGAAAGGGGUAACGGGAGGGAGAAAGAUGCCCAGAAGGAUAGAGUACAAGAUAAAGGCAGGGCAGAGAGGGAUGGAGAGUGGGCUGAGGAGGGAGGCAUAGAUCUGGGGGGCAAAAAGGUUGGUGAAAAAGUGCCUUUCCUGAGUGACUCUCCUGAAGUGGAAGAGGAGGAUGAGUCUCAAGCCUAUAGGCAGCCAUAUCAGUUCAAAGUGACCAGUCAGGUAGAACAAGUUAAGAGUUAUGCAGUUGAGUCCCGCUGGAACCUAGAUAGCCAGGAAGAGAGUGGCAAGAAUAAAACUAAAACAUUAUUGAAAGCAGAGAGAGAUUAUGACAGGUUUGGGGAGGCCAGGUCAUACAAGUUUAAGGAUACAAGCUAUUUGCUGGACAAGCUAGGUGUAAAUAAAGAGAAGUAUGCAGAGGAUGAGGGCAAGAGUGCAGAAAAGUUUGAUGAGAAAAUUACUAUUAAGAGAGACAUAGUGUCCCCACAGCAGCUCAAGGCUGACAAGCUCAGAGACCUCUAUGAGCAUGGUGGUCUGCUGCAAAAGACUGUUGACAUGAGGGAUAAGGCAUUGCUUCGAGUUGAAAGCCCACCUAGGGUAAAAAUGGUCAUCAGUGAGGUCUGCCAUCCUGAGGUCAAAAUGGUGUAUGACGAUCCAAGCCCAGGGACUUCCAUGGCAUGUGACAGAUCGCUUGCAAGUGCGCUCGUCCACUCUGUCAAGAGAGAGCAAGGAUUUCGUUCCAUCUUUGACCACAUAAAGAGGCCUCAGACGUACAAAAGUUCUGCAGAGUCUUUUAUUCAGCAUAUUGUGUCCUUGGUUCACCAUGUAACGGAGCAUUACUUCAAAUCAACAGGAAUGACCCUCCAUGAGCGGUUCACUGUCUAUCAGAAAGCUGCUGAAGUGCAUGAAGCCAGACCAAACAGUCCAGAGAUCCACAGGAGGAUCGAUGUCUCCCCCAGUGUUUUUAAGAAGGAGAGAAUCCUAAAGGAAGAAGGUCACAAGGGUGACAAAAAAUCAAGGUGUGAUUCGGCUGACUUGAGGCAUGACAUUGAUCGUCGGCGAAAGGAGAGGAGCCGGGAACGAGACGACACGAGGGGUUCUCAUGAACCCAGCCCGUCGCGAAAGCUGGACAAACUGGGCAAAGAAUUCAAGGACUACAAAGAUUACAAGUCCUACAAGGAUGAAAGCAAGCACAAAAGCAAAGAGCAAGACCAUUCCAGAUCGUCAUCCUCCUCUUCUGUGCCACUGGAAGAUAAGGAUAGCCGAAAAGAAAGGGACGAGGAAUACAAGUCCCACCACGAACAAAAAGAUUACGCGGGUUAUCAUGGAGGAAAUCGGGCAAGGGGAACUUUCCAAUUUCGGAUAAGAGGAGGCAGAGGAAGAGGCAGAGGAGUCUUUUUAGGGCAGAACGCCGCACCCAGUAUUCCUAAUGUACCUUUCCAGAAAAGACCAAAGGAAGAGGAAUGGGAUCCUGAAUAUACUCCGAAGAGCAAAAAAUAUUUUUUGCAUGAUGACAGAGAUGACGGGAUUGACUACUGGGCCAAAAGAGGAAGGGGACGUGGCACCUUUCAGCGUGGCAGAGGGCGGUUCAAUUUCAAAAAGUCCAGCAGCAGUCCUAAGUGGACGCAUGAUAAGUAUCAAUGUGAGGGAAAUGUGGAAGAUGAUGAAGAGGAAGUAGAAAACAAUGAAGAACGGAAGGACAAACACAAAGAUGAGAAGGAAUAACUAAAUCCAGUGGAAGAAGGGAGUGUGAAGUCUCAUGCCGUUUUAAGAAUUGAUCAUCCUUUUUUUUUAUUAGUAAUGUGAUUUGUUUAAAUGAAUGUGAGCAUUUUUGUGAGAUUUUACUUUUUUCAAAAUUUUGGAAUAAAUUAGUCUCUUUUCUUAGCAUACUAGGCUGAAUCUUAAUUGUAUGUAACCAAAAGAUUAAACGGUAGACACUAAAUUUAGUUAGCUUUUGUGAAAAAUGACCUUUUUAAAUGAUAUUAUAGCUUUUAAGUGGUUGCAUUCAAUGUUAAACGUUAUCUGUUGAGUAAAACAUUCUACAGUUACUGGUCGUGUUUAUUGGUUUAUGCUGUUAAAAUGGUACAUACUGUUAGUACAGGCAUUGGAAAUUUAUGAUUUUAAAUAUACAAUUAAACUGAUGUCAAGGUUGUAAGUGUUG